AUGAUGGCCCUUGAGCCGAUUCUGGCGCUUUUUACUGUCUAUCUAUCGUUCGUCUUUGGCUUGGUAUAUCUCUUCUUCGAAGCGUACCCAGUCUCCUUCUCAGAAGAGCGUGGCAUGAGCCCAGGAGUGGCCAGCCUGACAUUCAUCAGCAUUCUUCUCGGAGUGUUCUGCGGAUGUGCUCUGCUCGCCUUUACAACCACCACACGCCUUGCCCCGAACCCUCAGGAGGGACGAUUCCAGGAGACUCGCUUGUUGCUUAUGAUUGCUGGAGCCGCGACAUUACCUAUUGGAUUGUUUUGGUUCGCCUGGACUUCGUUCCCAAGCAUCAACCCGUGGCCUCAAAUUAUUGCCGGCGUUCCAAUCGGUUUCAGCGUCAUCGUCAUCACGCUUCAAGGUCUCAAUUAUAUUAUUGAUUGCUAUACAGUCAAUGCCAACUCUGCUCUGGCUGCAAUGACCUUUGUACGCUCUUGGUUCGGCGCUGCCUUCCCUCUGUUCGCCGGCAUCAUGUUCCGCAAGCUGGGUGUUCCUUGGGCGACCAGCACGCUGGCAUUCAUUGCAUGUGCUCUGCUUCCGGUGCCUGUCUUGUUUUACAAGUUCGGAGCGAAAAUCAGAAGCAUGAGCAAGUACGUACCGAAUUGA